CGGGAGGCCGUGGAAGCUGUGGUGAGGAGCUUCGCCAAGCACACGCAGGGCUACGGCCGAGUGAAUGUGGUGGAGGCGCUUCAGGAGUUUUGGCAGAUGAAGCAGUCCCGUGGGGCUGACUUGAAGAAUGGGGCGCUGGUGGUCUAUGAGAUGGUCCCCUCCAACAGCCCUCCGUACGUCUGCUACGUCACCCUGCCCGGCGGGAGUUGCUUUGGGAGCUUCCAGUUCUGCCCCACAAAAGCUGAGGCCCGGCGGAGUGCCGCAAAGAUUGCUCUUAUGAAUUCCGUGUUUAAUGAGCACCCCUCCCGGCGAAUCACCGACGAGUUCAUCGAGAAGAGCGUCUCCGAGGCCCUGGCGUCCUUCAACGGCAACAGGGAGGAGGCUGACAACCCCAACACAGGGAUUGGUGCCUUUCGAUUCAUGUUGGAGUCUAACAAGGGCAAGUCAAUGUUGGAGUUCCAGGAGCUAAUGACCGUGUUCCAACUGCUGCACUGGAAUGGCAGCCUGAAGGCCAUGAGGGAAAGACAGUGCUCCCGGCAGGAGGUGUUGGCGCACUAUUCACACCGAGCCCUGGAUGAUGAUAUUCGCCACCAAAUGGCACUGGACUGGGUGAGCCGGGAGCAGAGUGUGCCAGGGGCACUGUCGAGAGAGCUGGCCUCAACUGAGCGAGAGCUGGACGAAGCGCGGCUGGCAGGCAAGGAGCUGCGCUUCCACAAGGAGAAGAAGGAUAUUCUCAUGCUGGCUGCUGGGCAGCUGGGCAACAUGCAUUCUCCCAACUGCUAGGCACCCACGGGCCCACACACCUACCCUCUCCUGGUCCUUUUUAGAUGGCUCCUUUCUAAGACUUAGGAUGGUUUCUGUAUAUACUUUUUCAAUUUUAUACUUUCAAAUAUAGAUAUAUAUAUAUACACGUGUGUGUAUAAAUUCUA